UGUGGCUUUGCUUGUAUCUGUCUCUUCCAUCAUCGACCUUCCAAAAUCAGCACAAGUUGUUGCAUCUGAUGAUGAUAUUGAUACAGACAGGGAGAUAAGCAUCGAUUGUGGAGUAACUCAAGAAAGUCAGGACACAAAUGGAUUUCAUCAUGAUGCAGAUAAUGCAGAGUUUGUAGAAUCUGGAAAAAUAUAUAAUAUAUCUUCAAAGGACACAUUUGAUAAUAGCCAAGAACAAGUUUGGGAGCAGAUGAAAACACUGAGAAGUUUCCCAGAAGGCAAAAGGAAUUGUUACACACUCAAACCCAGGCAAGGCAAACGCAACAACUAUCUCAUCAGGGCUUACAUGUCAUAUGGAAACUAUGACAACAAAAACUCUAUUCCAUACUUCCAUUUACAUCUUGGUGUCAAUUUCUGGGCAGAAAUUAAGUUUGAAAACGUCAAUGCAAUUCGACGAAAAACAGUCGUUCAACUGUCCCCAACAAACUACAUUGAUGUCUGUCUUGUAAACGUUGGUAGAGGGAUACCUUUUAUUUCCUUGUUAGAACUAUGGCCUCUGUCAAAUUCUAUAUAUAGAGCCACCUCUAGUUUGCUGCCAUUAGGCCUCAUGACAUGCGUUAACUUGGGUAUGUCUGAAAACCUUAAAUUUAUCAGAUAUGCAGAUGAUAUCUAUGGUAGAUCCUGGUUGAAUGGAAAGUUGAAUAACUCAGAGAAAUUCUCCACAUCAGAAGCAAUUAACAGUGAUGUAAAAGAGUAUAGACUACCAAAUGAAGUGUUAAGAGCUGCAGUCCGAGCACUGAAUGAUUCAACUUCCUUAUAUAUCAACUUGACCACCAUUAAUUUUACAGCAGAUAGCGAACAUUAUGUUUACCUUCAUUUUUUUGAUUUCGAGGAGCAUUCUAAGGGUCAAGUAAGAAGCAUGGAAAUUACUUUUACUGAUGCAAUCCGAGUGCAAGUAACUCUUAAAUACCAGGAUGUCUAUACCUUGGUUAAGAGAAUUCCAAAAGGGGUUAAAUUAAAUAGUAUUUCAAUCACAUCGACCCCAGGUUCUGGUUUACCCCCGAUGAUCAAUGCUUACGAGAUUUAUAGAACACUACCCCAACCAAAUACCCCAACUCAUGAACAAGAUGUUGAUGCUAUGCGGAACAUCAAACAUGCUUAUGACAUCAUGAGAACCAGUUGGCAGGGUGAUCCCUGCAUGCCAAAAGAGUACAGGUGGGAAGGUGUGACUUGCAAUUACUCUGAGAGCAUUCCAAGUGUCACUUCUUUGAACAUGAGCUCGAGCAACUUAACAGGACAGAUUGCAACUUCAUUCUCCAAUCUUAUGAUGUUGGAGGCCUUGGAUUUGUCGAGCAACCAAUUAACAGGACAAAUACCAGAAUCCAUUGCAGAACUACCCAAUUUGAAACUGCUUAAUUUGACAGGGAAUAAUCUCAGAGGCUCAAUUCCUAAGGCUUUGAGGAAGAAGUCAACUACUGAUUUAACUUUGAUUUUGGAAGGAAAUCCAGGUCUCUGUAAGACAGGGUCUUGCAAAACCAUUACAAAGAAGUUCAUAAAACCACUUGUUGCAUCCGCAGCCUCUGUGGUGGUUCUUGCAAUAAUAGUCUGCAUUUCUUUGAUUCUCUGCAAAUACAAAAGAAAACAUCUUAGUGACACGAAAGCGUUGUUUUCCAAAAAAUAUGGUCAGCUUAAAUCAAAGAAUCAAGGAUUUUCUCAGGCUGAAGUUCAUGGGAUUACCAAUGACUUUGCAACUGAAAUUGGAGGAGGGGGAUUUGGAAAAGUGUACCUUGGAAGACUAAAAGAUGGUACUCAAGUUGCAGUCAAAUUACUUUCUAAGUCAUCACAGCAAGGACUGAAUGAGUUUCAAUCAGAGGCAAAACUGUUAUCCCUUAUUUAUCAUAGAAAUCUAGUUUCUCUUAUUGGUUUUUGUGACGAUGGGGACAUGAGAGCUCUGAUUUAUGAAUACAUGGCAAAGGGAAAUCUCCAGCACCUCCUGUCAGAUAAGAACCCAGAUAUUUUGAGGUGGAAUGAUAGACUUCAAAUUGCAUUAGAUGCAGCAUCUGGAUUGGACUAUCUACACAACGGUUGUAAGCCACCAAUAAUUCACAGGGACAUAAAAUCUUCUAACAUUUUGCUAAAUGAAACCAUGCAAGCCAAAAUUGCUGAUUUGGGAUUGUCUAAAGCUUUUGCCAAUGAUACUGACACUCACAUUUCAACUCGCCCGGCAGGCACAUUUGGUUAUCUCGACCCUGAGUUCCACAGAACUGGAAACUUGAACAAAAAAAGUGAUGUUUAUAGUUUUGGGAUAAUUUUGCUUGAGCUAAUGACCGGCCAGCGAGCAAUAACUGGAACCCCUGAAGGCACAUGCCACAUAUCUGAUUGGGUAAAUCCAAAGCUUGAGAAUGGUGACAUCCAAGCCAUUGUGGAUCCAAGAUUAGAAGGGAAAUUCAGUAGUGCUUCAGCAUGGAAGUUUCUAGAGAUAGCCAUUUCUUGCAUUAGGCCAUCUGCAAUCCAAAGACCUGAUAUAAGUUGUGUUGUAAUUGAUCUAAAGCAGUGUGUGGCUAUGGAAACAUCAGUUGAAAGUGCAGAAAGCAGUAGUUUAAUCUCAAGCACGACAUUGGAGACAAGUUAUUCUCAGUCUGGAUCAUACUCACCUCCAUCUGCUAGGUAUCUAAUUUUAACCAUUAAUAUCACAAACCCAGUCCACCAUUUCUUUGUCGUUCCUCUUUCCGAUAAACUUGGAAACAUGAAGAGCACGCCAUCACUGUGGAUUCUCGCUUGCUCUGUUUUUGUUUCAUUCAUACAAGUUGUUGCAGAUGAUGGCAGCGAUUCCGGGGAGAUAAGCAUUGAUUGCGGAACAACCCAAGCAAGCCGGGACGAGAAUGGGUUUUAUUAUGCGGCGGACGAUGGAGAUGUUGUGGAAUCAGGUCGCAUAUAUAAUGUAUCUUCUGAAUAUCGCAGUAGAGAUGAGCAGGUUUGGCAGCAGCUGAGCACUCUGAGAAGUUUUCCAGAAGGGAAAAGGAAUUGCUAUACCCUUAAACCCAAAGAAGGCAAAAACAACAACUUUCUCGUCAGAGCUUACUACCUGUAUGGAAAUUAUGACAACAAAAGUUCUGUUCCCGACUUCGACUUCCAUCUUGGCGUCAAUUUCUGGACACAAUCAUAUGAAGCCGACACUGUUCGAAGAAUGGAGAUCAUUCAUGUUUCUCCAACAAACAGUAUUGAUGUGUGUCUUAUCAACACCGGCCAUGGAACACCCUUCAUUUCGUUGCUCGAACUCUGGCCUCUCCACAAGUCUAUAUAUCGAACCGAUUCCAAUUUAUUGCCGCUGGACCUCAUGACACGCUCUUCUCUGGGAACGUCUAAAGAAGAUUAUGCUUUCAUCAGGUACUCAGAUGAUAUCUACGGUAGGUCAUGGUUCCUUCAAGCAAAGAUCGGAAACUCAGAGCCAAUCGGCACAUCAGUUGCAAUUGAUGGUGAUGUGAGUGACUACAAAUUACCCAAAGAAGUGUUGAGCACUGCAAUUCGAUCACGGAACGGUUCAUCUUCCUUGUUUAUCGAGUUGGAUUACGGUACAGAUUACGAGUACUAUGUUUACCUUCAUUUUUUUGACUUCGAGGAGCAUUCUCAAGAUCAGCAAAGAAAGAUGGAAAUAAGUUUCACGGAUACCAUCCGGGAGAACAUAACUCUUCAAUACCGGAAGCUCAAAACCAUAGUUAAGACAAUACCUAAAGGGGUACAUCUUCAGAACAUUUCAAUCAAGUCGACCCCAGAUUCUGGUUUACCCCCCAUGAUCAAUGCCUUUGAGUUGUAUAGAGUACUGCCCCAACCUUAUUCACCAACUCGAGAUGGGGAUGUCAAUGCCAUGAGGAUUGUCAAACAUUCAUAUAACAUCACCAAAAAUUGGCAAGGAGAUCCUUGCAUGCCCCGCACUUAUAGAUGGGAAGGUCUGACUUGUGAGGACUCUGACAGCAUUCCAAAGAUCACUUCAUUGAACUUAAGCUCAAGCAAAUUGAUUGGAGAGAUAAAUACUUCAUUUUCUGAGCUCAUAUCGUUGGAGUCCCUAGACUUGUCCAACAAUCAAUUGAUGGGAGAAAUACCUGAAGUUUUAGCAAAACUAUCCAAUCUGAAGCUACUUAAUUUGUCAGGGAACAAUCUAUCUGGUUCAAUUCCAAAGGCUCUAAAGGAGAAGGAUGGGACUUCUUUAAUAUUGAGCUUGGAUCGAAAUCCUAUUCUCUGCCAAAAAGGUGCUUGCAAAACCAGAAGACAGAAGUCCAUUAUACCAGUUACUGCGUCUGUAGUAGCUUCUGUAGCAGUCCUUGCAAUAGUAAUCUGCAUAUCCGUGAAGUUUUGCAAACGUAAAAGGAAAAAACAAAGUGAUAUGAAAGUGAAGAUUUCUUCAUUUCAAAAAGAAGGGAAUCUAAAAUCAAAAAAUCGUGCAUUUAAUCACUUGGAAGUUCUUAGUAUUACCAAUCACUUUGAAACCGUAAUUGGAGAAGGAGGAUUUGGGAAAGUGUACCUCGGCAGGCUACAAGAUGAUACACAAGUUGCAGUUAAGUUACUCUCAAAGUCAUCGCAGCAAGGAUUUAAGGAAUUUCAGUCAGAGGCAGAACUUUUGAUGGUUGUUCAUCAUAAGAACUUGGUUUCUCUUGUUGGCUAUUGUAACGAUGAUGACAUGAAAGUACUAGUUUAUGAAUACAUGAAUGAAGGAAAUCUUCGACAGAAAUUAUCAGAUAAGAACACGUGCCCUUUGAAAUGGAAUGAGAGACUUCAGAUAGCAUUAGAUGCCGCAUGUGGAUUGGACUAUCUCCAUAAUGGUUGUAAGCCAGCAAUAAUCCAUAGAGAUUUAAAAACCGCUAACAUCUUGCUAAGCAAAAACAUGCAAGCCAAGAUUGCUGACUUUGGGUUGUCCAGAGCUUUUGCCAAUGACACUGACACUCAUAUUUCAACUCGUCCAGUAGGCACAUUUGGUUACCUCGACCCUGAGUUCCACAGAACUGGAAACCUGAAUAAAAAAAGUGAUAUUUAUAGUUUUGGGAUAAUUCUACUUGAGCUAAUGACUGGCCAGCCAGCAAUAACGGGAACAUCUGACAGCAUACGUCACAUAUCUGAUUGGGUUAGUCCAAAGCUUGAGACUGGGGAUAUCCAAGCCAUUGUGGAUCCAAGAUUAGAGGGAAAAUUCAGCAGUGCUUCAGCAUGGAAGUUUCUAGAAAUAGCCAUGUCUUGCAUUACACCAACAGCAAUCCAAAGACCUGAUAUAAGUUCUGUUGUAAUUGAUCUAAAGCAAUGUUUGGCUAUGGAAACAUCAAUUGAAAAUGCAGAAAGCAGCAGUUUAAUCCCAAGCACUACAUUGGAAGGAAGCUAUUCUCAGUCAGCACCAUACUCACCACCAUCUGCAAGGUAGCAUUGUUUGUAGAGGCAUGCGUGGUCUUUCUCUGGAUCAUCAUAACUACUACAGAGAUUUGUUUCGGGUGGGCAAACUGUUUGCUUGCUUUGUUUAAUUAUGUAAAAUAAAAAGGUAUACAUUUGGAAAAAAUUACAAAGCAGUACACAAUUUGGAGUCAAUCAGUCAGGAUACUACUCACUAUUACCUUUAUUUCUUUCCUGUAGUUCCAAAUGACGAAUAAAUCCAUUUUAGCUACCUUUGUUUUUAUGCUAGCAUUCAAGUCAGCACUAACUUUCUUGACA